AUGAAGGAGUUGUUUGGGGGACCAGGGAAAGUGAGUGGGUUGAUAUUGAGAAUGGGACAGUGUAUAUUUGCAGCAGCUUCUAUAUCUGUUAUGGCUUCUUCUCAUGGUUUCUCCACUUGUACUGCUUUCUGCUAUUUAAUUGCAUCAAUGGGGCUGCAAUUUCUAUGGAGCUUCUCACUCGCCUGCUUGGAUAUCCAUGCCUUAAGAUUGAAGAGAGAUCUAAGGAAUUACGUCUUUCUGAGCUUGCUUGUAGUUGGUGAUUGGGUGACAUCCAUUUUAUCACUUGCUGCUGCAAGCUCAUCAGCUGGCGUGGUAGUCUUGAUUGUUAAAGAUACAAAGAUGUGCAAACAGAGCCCUCAGCUAUCCUGCCACAUGUUUCAAAUUUCAGUAGCUUUGGCUUUCAUCUCAUGGUUCUUCCUUGCCAUUUCUUCCUACGUUAUGUUUUGGCUCGCGGCCUCUGAUUAAAGGCCCCUUUUCCGCACGCUACGACGUUUCAUAUGGUGAUGUGAAUAAUUUUGACUUUAAGAACUUAUGUACAGGAAGUAAUUGCUAGGCUUUUCCUGAAGUGGCUUGUUUCUUGGUUCAUUGUUUUGAGGUUCAUCAUAUCUAGAAAUGAGCCUCUUCUCAUUAUAACCAUUUUUUUUUUUUUUGUGUGUGUGUAAUGCAAAGUGUAUGCGAUUGAUGCAUGAAAUACGAUGUCAUCUAAUUCCCCAAUGUUAUCUUAGGUUGCUUAUGACAUUUGAUUUUUGUCCUCUUUGUUCUUAAACCAAUUCCUUUG